AUGGGACGAGCUGACGGAGUACAUGGACAAGCUUGUCGGGUGGUCCGGCGACACGAUCAAGGGCUGGAAAUGUGCAAGGAGGUGGGCGCCUACCCCAAGUGCUCGUGCCCGGACUUCGUGGAGCCAGACUCGACCCCAGGCGUGAUGACGUGGGACGAGCUGCUGGAGUACAUGGACAAGCUUGUCGGGUGGUCUGGCGACACCAUCAAGGGCUGGAAGGGCACUGCGGCAGAGAUCCAGACGAGCGAGUCGUCCGUCGACGCGGAGAAGAGCUGCGAGGCUGAGGACCGGAGAGUGCGGGCUUUCUUGCAGAACAAGCUGGCCAAGGAGUGCGACAAGAUGUGCAAGGAGGUGGGCGCCUACCCCAAGUGUCGUGCCCGGACUUCGUGGAGCCAGACUCGACCCCAGGCGUGA